AUGGUUCCCGUUGACCCAACGCAAGCGUUCAAGAAUACACCAAAGGUGCUUUCACAACGUUCUGGAGUUCCACACAUGGUACGUGGCCGCUAUAUGUUCCGAGUUGACGAUGUGGUUCGACCAGCUGGUUGCAGUAAUAAGACCGGAGGAACAUACCCCAUGCUGAUUUACCCAAAUAUCGUAAACAUGAUGGGCGAGAUGACAGUCGAUGUGAACGCUAUAUGCCUUGAUCGAGCGCAAACCUACAUUCUUAUGAUCGAGCAACACGGCUACCUGCACAGUGCUGAAUCCAUCGAUAGCACGAUGUCACUUACCAAAAAUCUACGACUGGGGCACGAAAACCGUUUAUUUCCAACCGCAGAGUGGAGGCGCAACGACGAAAAAGCCUUUGUUGGCUACAUCUACUUUGUGCCACCCACACUGGAUCCGAUGCGGUUAGACAUUGGUAACAUCUACGAUUGGUUCAAAAACCCUGUACCUUAUCCGGUCAUGCCAUUGAUUUGGUAUCCAAGGAAUUUCACGAAUCCCGAACUCGCCACACAUAUGGAAUCUGUAAGGAUCAGUGACGACCAGAUGUAUAGUGUUCAGCUUGGUCUCUAUGUUAUCGGCUACAGAGAAUAUAAGGACGAUGGGGCAGAGCAGAAUGAGAUUCAAAGAAUUCUAUUGGAUCCCGUUUUUGAACUGCAUACGUAG